AUGGAGGCCCCGCCUCGCAGUGUCUAGACUCUCUGAGUCGGAGCGCUCCUUGUGGAGACCUCUCGAGCGGGUCACAGCAUGAGUCGCCACUCGGACUUGGUGAGGAACUUCUUGGAGCAGCUGGAGGCCCGGGACCACCGGGAGGGGGCAAUCCUCGCUCGUGAGUUCAGCGACAUUAAGGCCCGCUCAGUGGCCUGGAAGUCUGAAGGUGUGUGUUCCACUAAAGCCGGCAGUCAGCUUGGGAACACGAGCAAGAACCGCUACAAAGACGUGGUAGCAUAUGAUGAGACAAGAGUCAUCCUUUCCCUGCUCCAAGAGGAGGGACAUGGAGAUUACAUCAAUGCCAACUUCAUCCGGGGCACAGAUGGAAGCCAGGCCUACAUUGCGACGCAAGGACCCCUGCCUCACACUCUGUUGGACUUCUGGCGCCUGGUUUGGGAGUUUGGGGUCAAGGUGAUUCUGAUGGCCUGUCAAGAGACAGAAAACGGACGGAGGAAGUGUGAACGCUACUGGGCCCGGGAACAGGAGCCUCUACAGGCUGGGCCUUUCUGCAUCACCCUGACAAAGGAGACAGCACUGAAUGCAGACAUCACUCUCAGGACCCUCCAGGUUACAUUCCAGAAGGAAUCCCGCUCUGUGCACCAGCUACAGUAUAUGUCCUGGCCAGACCACGGGGUUCCCAGCAGUUCCGAUCACAUUCUCACCAUGGUGGAGGAGGCCCGCUGCCUCCAAGGACUUGGACCUGGACCCCUCUGUGUCCACUGCAGUGCGGGCUGCGGACGGACAGGUGUCCUGUGCGCUGUUGAUUACGUGAGGCAGUUGCUGCUGACCCAGACAAUCCCUCCCAACUUCAGCGUCUUCCAAGUGGUCCUGGAGAUGCGGAAACAGCGGCCUGCGGCAGUGCAGACAGAGGAGCAGUACAGGUUCCUGUACCACACAGUGGCUCAGCUAUUCUCCCGCACUCUCCAGAACACCAGCCCCCACUACCAGAACCUCAAGGAGAACUGUGCUCCAAUCUGCAAGGAAGCCUUCUCCCAUAGGACCUCCUCAGCCCUGCCUGCCACAUCCCGGCCACCAGGAGGGGUUCUCAGGUACUGGGCUCACUCUGUCCCUGGAACAUCAACCUCUACAGUCUGGGUUAGCUUUUCCCUUGGUCUUCCAGAAGAUUUCCAGCUCACUAUUGUUAUCCAGUCACGCUACUGUGCAAUAGCUCACGAGAAUUUCUACCUAAAUUUCUAA